AUGGACCCAGCCUUUCACACCCCCAUGUAUUUCUUUCUCCGGGUCUUAUCCUUCUACACCUCGGUCACUGUCCCCAAGAUGCUGGUGAACUUCCUCUCAGAGGACAAGAACAUUUCCUACAUGGGCUGUGUUCCAUCAAACAGUGUACUGAGGAAGAAAAUGUCCAACCAAACCACCAUGACCAAAUUUCUUCUCCUGGGGUUCUCUGAUGUUCCAGAACUGCAGAUUUUAUACUUUGUGGUGUUUCUAGUGCUUUACCUGAUAUCCCUGCUGGAGAACCUUCUCAUCAUCACAGAUAUAGCCCUCAACCACCACCUUCACACCCCCCUGUACUUCUUCCUGAUGAAUCUGUCCAUCCUAGACCUUGGCUCCAUCUCUGUCACCAUCCCCAAACCCAUGGCCAACUCCCUCAUGAACACAAGAUCGAUUUCUUAUUCUGGAUGCGUUGACCAAGUCUUUCUCGUCGUCUUCGCUUCAGCAGAUUUUGCCAUACUGACCAUCAUGGCUUACGAUCAAUACGUCGCCAUCUGUCAACCACUGCACUAUGAGACAGUGAUGAACAGAAGAGCUUCUGUCCAAAUGGCAGCCAGUGCCUGGACCUGUUUCAGUGAUAAUGUGGUGUCCCUAGUACAAACAGUCCGGGGUUUCACCUUGCCAUUUUGUGUAUCCAAUAAGAUUAACUAUUUCUUCUGUGACAUUCCCCCAUUGAUUAAGCUUUCUUGCAUUGACACCUCUCAGUAUGAAAUGCAGUUGUUUACAGCUGCUAUACUGGUCAUCUUCAUGCCAUUUACUCUCAUCCUUGUGUCCUACACCUUUAUUAUCUCCACCAUCUUAAAGAUGGCAUUGGCUGAAGGCAGACACAAAGCCUUCUCCACCUGUUUCUCACACCUCAUUGUGGUGACACUGUAUUAUGGGAGCAGCAGCCUGAUCUAUUUAAGACCCAUUAACUUACCAGACAGCAACAAAGUGCUAUCUCUGAUCUACACAACCGUCACACCCACCUUGAACCCCUUUAUUUACAGCCUGAGGAAGAAGGAGGUGAAAGAGGCUCUGAGGAGAAUAUUGCAGGACAUGAUGAAGAGAAAAAUAUUUUCUCAUAGAAAGUAA